AGAUCCCGCGAGCCUCCAAGGCUGAGGAAGGCACAUACGAAUGCACGGCGGUCAGCGGGGCUGGGACCGGACGAGCAAAGGCCCAGAUGGUCGUCACAGACCCCCCGCCGCAGGUGGUCCCUGUCCCCAACGUGACCGUGUCCUCUGGAGAGACCGCCAUCCUGUCCUGCCGGGUCCUGGGCGAGGCCCCCUACAACCUGACGUGGGUCCGGGACUGGCGAGUCCUGUCGGCCUCGACGGGCAGAGUCACCCAGUUGGCCAACCUGUCCCUGGAGGUCAGGGACAUCACCCCCAGUGACGGCGGGCGGUACCAGUGCAUGGCCAGCAACUCCAACGGGGUCACGAGAGCGUCCGUCUGGCUCCUGGUGCGAGAGGCCCCACAGGUCAGCAUCCACGCCAGGUCACAGCGCUUUUCCCAGGGCAUGGAGAUGAGGGUCCGCUGCUCGGCCUCUGGGUACCCUGCACCCCACAUUUCCUGGAGCCAUGAGGGUCAUGCUCUGCAAGAGGACAGCAGAGUCCGCGUGGAUGCCCAGGGAACCCUGAUCAUUCAGGGAGUGGCCCCAGAGGAUGCUGGGAAUUACAGCUGCCAGGCUGCUAAUGACAUUGGCACAGACGAGAAGACGGUCACCCUCUACUAUGCAGACCCACCGUCCGUCUCGGCCACGAAUGCUGUGGUGCUGGCCGCCGUCGGGGAGGAGGCUGUGCUGGCGUGUGAGGCGUCCGGGGUGCCUCCGCCCCGGGUCAUCUGGUAUCGAGAGGGUCUUGAAAUGAUUCUGGCCUCUGAGGGCCCCAGCUCUGGGAUGCUGCGAAUCCCGGUGGCUCGGGAGAGGGACGCUGGCGUCUAUACCUGCCGAGCUGUCAAUGAGUUGGGCGAUGCCUCUGCAGAAAUCCGGCUGGAGGUUGGACAUGCGCCCCAGCUGACAGAGCUGCCCCAGGAUGUCACCGUGGAACUGGGGAGGAGCGCCCUCCUGGCGUGCCGGGCCACGGGCCGCCCAUCCCCUAUGGUCACCUGGCGCCGUGGAGAUGGCCAGCCACUGGGGCCCGGGCGGGGCAGCACGACUGGGCGGCCCGAUUCAGGACUGCUGUUCUUUGAAAGUGUGAUUCCUGAAGACCAGGCCCCGUAUAUCUGUGAAGCUCAAAAUGUCUUCGGGAAGGUCCAGGCAGAGGCCCACCUCCUUGUGACUGGCCAUGCACCUCCACAGAUCGCCAGCAGUGCCUCCACCGUCCGGGUGCUGGAGGGGCAGCCCGUGUCCCUGCCCUGCAUCAUCCUGGCUGGGAGGCCCCGCCCCGAGAGGCGCUGGCUCAAGGCCGGCCAGCCCCUCCCACCGGGCAGCCAGCAUUCUGUCCGAGCAGAUGGCAGUCUCCACCUUGACCAGGCGCUGUUGGAGGAUGCAGGGAGGUACACCUGUUUGGUCAGCAACACGGCCGGCUCUCAGCACAGGGACGUGCAGCUGGUUGUCCAGGUGCCACCUAGAAUCCAGCCCACGGCCACCCACCAUAUCACCAAUGAAGGCGUUCCAGCCUCUCUCCCCUGUGUAGCCUCAGGAGUGCCCACCCCUACCGUCACCUGGACCAAGGAAACCAAUGCCCUGGCCUCCAGGGAUCCCCACUACAAUGUGAGCAAGGAUGGUACCCUGGUCAUCGCCCGGCCAUCUGCCCAGGAUGCAGGGGCCUAUGUCUGCACAGCCACCAACGCUGUGGGCUUCUCCAGCCAGGAGAUGCAGCUUUCUGUCAACACCAAGCCCAGGAUCCUUGUGAACGGGUCAUGUGACGCAGACAAGCCGCUGACUGUCACAGCCAAGGCCAGUGACGAGGUGACCCUGGACUGCGAAGCCCAGGGCUCUCCACCCCCGCUGGUCACCUGGGCCAAGGACUCCCUCCCUGUGCCACCCGUCACCGACAGGCAUUGCCUCCUCCCAUCAGGCUCCCUGCAUCUGGCCCAGGCCCAGUUGAGUGACAGCGGCCUCUACGAAUGCACAGCCAGUAACCCUGCGGGGUCCGCUGCUCGGUACUACAUCCUCAGGGUGCAAGGUGGACAGGCUGAGGUUCAGAGAGGGAGGGGCUCAAAGCUUCGCUAUGAGUUUGCGUGA